UCACAGGUCAAAAAACAAGGCGCUAUGAAGAAAAAGACUCGCUCCACAGGAGGAGCGGUUGGUCGGAGGACAAUUCUACAACUUUCCCCAUCUGGUAUCCGUGGCGUAAAUGCCGGCGAGCGAGAAGAAGGACUCCCAGGAUCCGACGCAGAAGAGCAGGAGGGUGAAGGACAUCCUUUUCUGAGAGAGAGACUUAACACGAAGCCUCCCGCCAUGAAAGCAACCGGUACGUUUGAGGGACUGUCUUUGCUUGGAGCCUAUGAAGAUAGUGAUGAAGAGGAUGCUGCAGAGUCUCGAUCAACUACAGCUAUUCAGCACAAUCACUCUGCUGAUAUUGACAGUACAUUAGCCAAUUUCAUGGCUGAAAUUGAUGCUAUCACCACUCAGCCGAGUUCAGAUGAUACAGCAGGUCAACCUUCCAUCGUAGCUGGUAAUUCACCCACCCAAGAGGCGAAUUCCCAGCAGCCAGAGGCCAGUGACGGACAAAGCGUACAAUUGGAGUUUAAUACUCAGUACUCAUUAGCUGGAGUGGAUGUGGAAAUGGGAGACUGGCAGGAGGUGUGGGAUGAUAACUCUGGCUGCUAUUAUUACUGGAACAUUCAGACCAAUGAGGUCUCCUGGGAGCUGCCUCACGCUCUAGCUGAUCAAGUGCAAAGACUGGCUCACCAUACCAAAAGUCUUAGUGUCAAUGGCAAUGGUACAUCAAGUGCCCGUCAUCACACUGGUGAAGUCACACCUGCUGCAGCUCCAACAUCAACUAAAGAUAGUAAAGUUAAGGAGGUCAUUGAGAGUGUAGUGGGCCUCACAAGCAAAGAGGAGGAGCACUGUGGAGUGGCUGCCUCUCUGCUUGGUCCAUUAAUCCCUACAGAAGUGAAAAAUGCAGAAGAAAAAUGGCGGAAAAGACUUCUUAAAGGUUUGAAUGAGAAUGACAAAAGUGUAGACUCCGAUGGAGACGGAGUUCGCCCCGUGGAAUCCCCCUCUGCAGCUUUCCAUGACACGGACACUAUCCAAUCUGUGGAGAAAGAUUCUGAUGCUAAGAAAGUGUUAGAGGAGAACUCAGACACCGAAGGAGGACAAGAAGAAGACACAAUGGAGCUGGAACUAGCUCUGGAGAGGAAGAAGGCUGAGCUCCAGGCUCUGGAGGAUGGCGAUGGUAGUGUGGGAGGCUCCAGUCCUUACUCUGAGACAAGCCAAGAAGCUUCCGGACUUCAUGGCACACUCAAGAAAAAACAAUGGAAAACUGUCUUUCCCAGUGUUCCUAGUCCUGAUUCCAACAGCCAGACCUCAGAACCUCAGGAGAAUAUACAGACAGUAGCAUGUACGAAAGUCCAGGAGAGUGUUGUUGCAGAAGAAGAUGUGGAGAUGGAUAACUCUGAACAGAAACCAGACGCUCCAUUAAAAGAAGAAGUGGAGACACCUGAGCUCAGGUUUCAGAUUGGAGAACUGGCUAACACAUUAACUAGCAAGAUGGAGUUCCUGGGCAUACACAAGAAGGCUGUCUCGAACUUUCAGUUGCUUCUGCUACAAACUGAGACACGGAUAGCUGACUGGAGGGAGGGUGCUCUGAAUGGAGUCUAUCUUCGCCGCAGGCUACAGGAAGCCGCCGAACACAUAAAACAUUAUGAACUUAACGCCACCCCUAAAGGCUGGUCCUGCCACUGGGACAGAGAGCACAGGCGGUAUUUUUAUGUCAACGACCUGACGAAUGCAUCACAGUGGGAGUUCCCGACCGAGGAGGCGAAGGGGGGUGACCAGAAAGGAAAUCAGGCUAGCCCGACCUUCAGUCAAGGCGAUGCCAAAACAUCAUCUGCAUCAAACGGCGGGACUUCAGGACCAUCGGUUUGUGCCCCUACUGCUCCACCAGCACCCCCUCAGUCCAGUGCUUUAUCAGUGUGGUCCUCCUUGCAACCCCCACCUCCUGACAGCCCACCGCCACCUCCUGACCUUCCACCACUUCCACCUCUCCCCCCUGGCUCACCUCCUCCACCUCCUCCACCCCCUGACAGUGAUAGUGAGAUCAUGGAGGUCGAGAUGGAGAUGGACGAUGACGACAAUGAUAUGGAGCCUCCAGCCCCUGGAACUGAAGAUGAUGGCAGUGGGUGGCCCCCUUCAGGAAGUGCUUGCAUUCAGGUCUUGGAGUCCUCUGGUUCACUGGGUAAGGGCCAGAAACGUAAAGCUGGUCAGUUGAAUAAAGCCAUCAUUGGAAGUAGUCCCAUCCUGUACACACAGCAUGUUGCCACUGCUGCACCAGUCUAUUGGGGUGUGCCAGCUGUAAGUGCACCUCUGGUCCCCUGUGAACCUUCUCUUCCACCUGUUCAGGCUCUUGCCCCACAACCAGCACCGCCCCCUCCCCAGGUCCCUUGUGAACCUCCAGGACCCAAAGUGGCACCUCUAGAAAAGUUGAAGAAAACCAAGAAGGAUAAGAAAGGUAAAACGAAAAUGCCCUCCCUCGUGAAGAAGUGGCAAAGUAUCCAGAAAGAGCUGGAGGAGGAGGAGAAGAGCAGCUCCAGUGAUGAGGAUAGGGAUCAGCUCAACAAGAAAAGUAUAGAAGACUGGAAGCAGCAGCAGCUCAUGACAGGAAAGGCUGCGAAGAAUGCCAACUUCGAGGCGCUUCCUGAUAAUUGGCGGGAUCGACUAAAGAAAAGGAAGUUGAACAGCACGUAACGUCGGACUUAAGAAAAUGUAGUCUGUGUGUGUAUGUAUAUAUAUCUAUCCAUCCAUCCAUCCAUCCAUUCAUUCAUUUUUUGUGCCGCGUAUCUUCACGAAGGUCAUAGGAGUGCUACAGCCAAUCGCAGGGACAUAGAGACUGACAAGGCGCACUCACAAUCACACCGAGCGGCAAUUUAGUGUCUCCAAUUAAUCUAUGUUUUGGGGAUGGUGGGAGGAAACUCGUGUGCCCAAAGAAACGCCACGCAGGCAUGGGGAGAACAUGGAAGCGCCACACAGACGGAGCCAGGAUUUGAACCCUGGUCCUCAGAACUGUGACGCUCUAAUCAGUUGCUCUGCCGUGCCACAUUACCCUAACCCUAUAAAACCCACAGUGUCCCCCCGUUAUUCGCAGAGAUUACAUUCCUUACAUGCACGCGAAUAACAAAAAUCUGCAAAUAAUGGAUGCCAUAUUUUUGCACUUAAAAGUCUUAGUUUCUCCAAAAUGGGCAGCCUACCUUACAUGCACACUUGAGUGACUUUUACAUUGAAGUACACUUAAAAGCACUGGUUACACCAUUAGCAUGCAUACCAGCAUGCAUUUGAGCACAUGCUCAAGCUACCAUAUGAUGGCGCUCACGAGGCAGUGAGGAAGAAUUCCAUUUCACAUCUGUAAGCAGAAGAAGCUCACAUUGCCCCACACACAGCAUGUGUAGGCAGGUCAUUCCUGAUGUAGUAGACACUCAAGGUGUUACAUCGGAACUAAAAUUAUAACCCCAUACAACAAAACCGAUUAUCAUAACUACGAAAUAAUAAAACACACGAAUGACUCACAAAAUAAUUGCUUGUGAGUCUUAUUUGCUAGUUAUGCUAUUCUUUUUGCUGUGAUCAUUUUAGUUUUGAUGUGACACCAUGAGUGUGUACAAGUAUGUAAUGAUCUGCUUACACAGGUAGUAUGUGGGCCAAUGUAAGUUGCCUCUAUGUACAGAUGCAAAAUGCAAUUGUUCCUCACUGCCUUUUGACCGCCAUCGUAUGGUAGCUAACAUACAUGCUAAAACACUUGCUGGCGUGCAUGACAACAGAGUAACCAGUGUGUUUAAGUACUUUAUUGGACAACGUGGACAUCUGCAAAUGUUGGAACUCUGUGUGCAAAAAGGGUGCACCACAUUGUAAGGCGUUGUCUAAUGUGGCACCUCGUCUAUUUAGAAGAGAUUUUAAGACCUCUAUGAUCGUGAAAAUACGGUACAAAUAUAUAUAUGUAUACACACACACACAGUGUAUAUAUUUUCAUAGUUUCUUCAAGGCAUCUUUUUGUUAAGGAAUUUGAAUACAUUUUUGGUAUUCAAAAUAAACUUGUUUUGAAUGUCCUUUCCUCAUUUUUCUAGGCACAAGUGUAAAUGUGCCAAUUGUCUUUAGUUUAUAAUAAACUUGUAUAGAACGUAUUCAGAUGGCCACAACAGUUGAUGUGGAAAAUUCAUCUGUUUUAAUUAACAUUUUUAUACCAGUGUACAUCACAUGUAUAUUAGGACGAGUUGUUUUGGAAAGUGGUCAUGAAUGUGUACAUGUUUUUUGUAAAUUAAAAAUGUUUUUCAA